UUUCCCAUUUUCAUUUUGGCUGAAUUUUUCGCCUUCUUGUCUCCAUUCGACAUUUUUAAAUAACCGUGAUUUUAACAUUUUGCACCUUUUCCUUAAACCGAUGUACGGACUGAAAGCGCAGUGAAUGUACGGACUGAAAGCAGGAACUAUUUUGUGAAGUUUUCGACGCGGAUGCAAUCGAUUGGGACCAUUAGGUAGAGAUCUCACAGUUGCCUUCCGUACGACACGAAAAUGACCGCGCUUCCUGAUAAAAACGAGAUCAAUCUGGAUGAGCCCCCGAGUGAUACGAUAUCCUCGGUCAGAUUUUGCCCAUCAGCGUCCAAUGGACGGUUGCUGAUGGUCGGCAGCUGGGACUGCACCGUCCGCGUGUACGACACGGAGCUGAAUCGCAAACGACACCAGUUUGAUGUUGGCGAGCCCGUUUUAGACUGUUGCUUCUCGGAUGCCACGCACGCGUUCUGCGGAGGUUUGGAGAACAACAUCAAAAUGUGUGAUCUCAACAGUGGAAAGCAUUUCGCCGUGGGCACGCAUGAUGAUUCGGUGCGCUGUGUGCAUCUGAAUUUAUCACGGAAUAUUAUGACAACGGGCAGCUGGGAUAAAACGGUUAAAACUUGGGAUCCGCGCUCCAAAUCCGUUACUGUUCUUCAGCAGCCAGAUAAGGUGUAUGCGCUAACGAGCGUGAAGGAUAUGCUCGUGGUGGGAACAAAAGAGCGGAAGAUCAACAUUUGGGACCUGCGGAAUACGGCUGAGCCUAUUCAGAAGCGGGAGUCUAGUUUAAAAUAUCAGAUUCGCAGCAUGGCAGGCUUGACGAUUGAUGAAUGCUUCGCCGUUGCGUCCAUUGAAGGUCGCGUGGCUGUGGAAUAUGUGGAGACCGACCCGGAAUCGCAGAAGAAAAAGUAUGCGUUCAAGUGUCACCGGGCCAAAGAAGGCAACAUGGAGAUGAUCUACCCCGUAAAUGCCUUAGCUGUCCAUCCCGUACACGGCACCAUGGCCUCCGGGGGCUCCGACGGUGUCGUCAACGUGUGGGAUGUGGCGCACAAGAAGCGCAUGAGCCAGUUUCGCCGUCAGCAGACGUCCAUUACGUCGCUGGAUUUCAGCAAGGACGGCAAAGUGCUGGCUAUGGCCGUGUCCUACCUUUUUGAGCGCGAAGAUCAGCCGACGAAGCCAUGCGUGGAUCAUGUGGUUAUCAGGAGUGUGGCGGAGAGUGAAGUGCGACCGAAAUGAGCGAAAUAUUUGUUGUCGCUGUGCGUUAUCCAGCAACUUGUUCAUGUUUGUUGUUCUCUGAAAUUCAUAUUCCUUACCCAGUAGAAGAUAAGUUUGUUCGUUGUUCGUUUUUUCCAGGAUUUUUUGUACAUGUAUUGAUGAGGAUUCCAGCAGCGAAAUAUUUGCAAAUUAAUGGUGUGCUGGAUUUUAAAGUUUACAUAGUACUGAUAAAUGCAGAUAAUAAGAUGUGUGAGUUUUUUUAUUUCCUGAAUAGGAAGAGAACUGCGUAAAGCUCUUCAAGCGGAUGCUUUAAAAUCAAA